CGGCUUGCUUUUCCUCUCCCUUUCUCUCUCAGCAUCUUCCUGGUAGCCUGUAGGUGAAGCAGCACCAGCAGCAUCCAUGGCCUGUCUUUCGGGUUAACACUCGUCUCCUUUGGCUCCGGCAGCGCACAGAGCAGACCUCAGCAGCGGCGUUGUGAGGACUUAGCUGGGACCUGGAAUCGUAUCCUCCUGUGUUUUUUCAGACUCCUUGGAAAUUAAGGAAUGCAAUUCUGCCACCAUGAUGGAAGGAUUGAAAAAACGUACAAGGAAGGCCUUUGGAAUACGGAAGAAAGAAAAGGACACUGAUUCUACAGGUUCACCAGAUAGAGAUGGAAUUAAGAAAAGCAAUGGGGCACCAAAUGGAUUUUAUGCAGAAAUUGAUUGGGAAAGAUAUAACUCACCUGAGCUGGAUGAAGAAGGCUACAGCAUCAGACCUGAGGAACCCGGCUCUACCAAAGGAAAGCACUUUUAUUCUUCGAGUGAAUCAGAAGAGGAAGAAGAAUCACACAAGAAAUUUAAUAUCAAGAUUAAACCAUUGCAAUCUAAAGACAUUCUUAAGAAUGCUGCAACUGUCGAUGAACUGAAGGCGUCAAUAGGCAACAUUGCACUUUCCCCAUCACCAGUGAGGAAAAGUCCGAGGCGCAGCCCGGGUGCAAUUAAAAGGAACUUAUCCAGUGAAGAAGUGGCAAGACCCAGGCGUUCCACACCAACUCCAGAGCUUAUAAGCAAAAAGCCUCCAGAUGACACUAUGGCCCUUGCUCCCCUCUUUGGCCCACCAUUAGAAUCAGCUUUUGAUGAACAGAAGACGGAAGUUCUUUUAGAUCAGCCUGAAAUAUGGGGUUCAGGCCAACCAAUUAAUCCAAGCAUGGAGUCGCCAAAGUUAACAAGGCCGUUUCCCACUGGAACACCUCCACCACUGCCUCCAAAAAAUGUACCAGCUACCCCACCCCGAACAGGCUCCCCCUUAACAAUUGGACCAGGAAAUGACCAGUCAGCCACAGAGGUCAAAAUUGAAAAACUACCAUCCAUCAAUGACUUGGACAGCAUUUUUGGCCCCGUGUUGUCCCCCAAGUCUGUCGCUGUUAAUGCUGAAGAAAAGUGGGUCCAUUUUUCUGAUACGUCCCCGGAACAUGUUACUCCAGAGUUGACUCCAAGGGAAAAGGUGGUGUCCCCACCAGCCGCAUCAGACAACCCAGCUGGCUCCCCAGCUCCAGGCCCUCCCGGCCCCCCGGGUCCCCCAGGGCCCCCUGGGCCUCCUCGCAAUGUACCAUCGCCGCUAAAUUUAGAAGAAGUCCAGAAGAAAGUCGCUGAGCAGAGCUUCAUUAAAGAUGAUUACUUAGAAACAAUCUCAUCUCCUAAAGAUUUUGGGUUGGGACAGAGAGCAACUCCACCUCCCCCACCACCACCCACCUACAGGACUGUGGUCUCGUCCCCCGGACCUGGCUCGGGCAGUGGUACGGGGACCACCAGUGGUGCAUCAUCCCCUGCUCGACCAGCCACUCCUUUGGUCCCUUGCAGCAGUACCACUCCACCUCCACCUCCUCCCCGGCCUCCGUCUCGGCCAAAGCUACCUCCAGGAAAGCCUGGAGUCGGAGAUGUGUCCAGACCUUUUAGCCCUCCCAUUCAUUCUUCCAGCCCUCCUCCGAUAGCACCCUUAGCCCGGGCUGAGAGCACUUCUUCAAUAUCGUCAACCAAUUCCUUGAGUGCAGCCACCACUCCCACAGUUGGUUCUUCCAGAGGACCCAGCCCCCUAACCAUGGGAGCCCAGGAUACCCUCCCUGUUGCAGCAGCCUUUACAGAAACUGUCAAUGCCUACUUCAAAGGAGCAGAUCCAAGCAAAUGUAUCGUUAAGAUUACUGGAGAAAUGGUAUUGUCCUUUCCUGCCGGCAUCACCAGACACUUUGCCAACAAUCCAUCCCCAGCUGCUCUGACUUUUCGGGUGGUAAAUUUCAGCAGGUUAGAACACGUCCUGCCAAAUCCCCAACUUCUCUGCUGUGAUAAUACACAAAAUGAUGCCAAUACCAAGGAAUUCUGGGUAAACAUGCCAAAUUUGAUGACUCACCUAAAGAAAGUGUCUGAACAAAAGCCCCAGGCUACAUAUUAUAAUGUGGACAUGCUCAAAUAUCAGGUGUCCGCCCAGGGCAUUCAGUCCACGCCUCUGAACCUGGCAGUGAAUUGGCGAUGUGAGCCUGCAAGCACUGACCUGCGCAUAGAUUACAAAUACAACAUGGAUGCAAUGACCACCGCUGUGGCCCUCAACAAUGUGCAAUUCCUGGUCCCCAUCGAUGGAGGAGUUACCAAGCUCCAGGCUGUGCUCCCACCAGCCGUCUGGAAUGCUGAACAACAAAGAAUAUUGUGGAAGAUUCCUGAUAUUUCUCAGAAGUCAGAAAAUGGAGGAGUGGGUUCUUUGUUGGCAAGAUUUCAGUUAUCAGAAGGCCCAAGCAAACCUUCCCCAUUGGUUGUGCAGUUCACAAGUGAAGGAAGCACCCUUUCUGGCUGUGACAUUGAACUUGUUGGAGCAGGGUAUCGAUUUUCACUCAUCAAGAAAAGGUUUGCUGCAGGAAAAUACUUGGCAGAUAACUGAUAAAAUCUUAUGCAAGGAUUUGGAGGAUUCAUAUAAUGAAGAACUGUUGUAUGACAAACAGGUUUUAAUUUUGGUUUGAUGAAAACAAACCAAUAUCUGCACUUGGGAUAUAUCAGCUAGAAAGUCAAUGACUUUCAGCCGUGAUUUCCCUCACACAAUACCGUGAUGAGCAGUCCUACAGUAUUUACUUCUAGGUGUAAUAUUGUUAAUGGUUUUAAAAUGUAAUUAUUGUAUUUGUAAAUUGUACUCUCAUUCCAGUAAGGCAGUUAGACACUUGAGUUUUAGCAUUUUACCAUUCCUGAAAUGGAUGUAAUUUAAACUGUGGUAUGUAAAUUUAAUAGUUGUACUGUCGAAUGGCACAAUGCUUACACAGGUAGAUUGCAUUCUGUCAAUAUAUAAAAUUUAAAUAUAAUAUUGAUAGCUGUCAUAAAGGGGGUGCCACAUAUAAAGAAACUUAAGUGGAACCAGAAAAAAAGAAACAAACUUACUUUUCUUCAGUCUUUAGUAUGUUUUACUCUAGUACUAAAUAAAAAUUCUAUCUUCAAAUGUUUAGUGGAUUAAAUUCAUAAAUAUUUCAGAAAAAAAUUCUAAGGUUACAGUAUAUUCAAAGAAAAGCAUUAAUUACCACUUUUUAAAAAGCUUUUUUUUCAAACUGCAAAUUUCAUAAAAAUGCAAAAUGUGUAAACAGGGCCUCUUAUUUUUAUAACUUGUGUAAAAAGGGAAAGCAAUUCAUAUUUAAAGUUUAAGUAUAUUAAAUUAUAAUCAAGAAUAAAGAAGAUGUUGAAGUCUUAACUACUUCCCCCUCUCUCUACAGUUUAGCAAAUGUGGAGAUUGCUGAAUAGUCAGUCAGACUAAAACCAAAAUUGCGAUUUUGAGAUUUCAAGACUUUCCAUAAUUGAACUGGUUGACAACUUUUGCACAAUUGCUCUGAGCACAUGGUCUCUCUCAUCUUGCGUGGGGGAAUGGUACCUUGUGUCUUCCUCUUCACCCACAGGAAUCAAAACACUGAGACUAAGAAUCUUAGAGAAAAAAAAAUUUAGUCCCCUGUUUAGAUCCAGAAGGAGAAUUUUAAUCAUCAUUUAUAUCAUUUGGGAAAGAAAAAGUAAGCUUUAUAACUGAAAUUCUAUUCACAUUAUUGUGUAAUAAAUUUCCUUUUGGAUGAUGAAGAUUCAUUGUAUAAAACUGUAAAUCUUUGCCUUUCUUGGAGAAUCAAGAAGAGAGUUAUCAAAAAUUUAUGUCAUUUCAUUGUUGCAAGAUAUAAUAAAAACUGUAAUCAUUCAGUCUGGUCCCACAAUAUGAGCAUUCAGAAAGAACUUCUUCAGGAGUCUCAACUGUAAAACCUUCCCCCAUUAAGAUCUGAAAACAUUAGUCUUCCUUUAAGUCAUAGAACUUAUUUUAAACAUAAACCAAUUCCUAUUAUAGGUUAUACUAGCAAAUAACUAUAAUUAUUGUUGUUAUAUUUAUCAUUAGUUGCUAAAUUUCAUUUUAUAUACACUCAAAUUUGACAAAGAAUCUUUAGCCCCUUUAAAUUUUAGAAUCAAAUUAAAUUUUUUAAGUCUUACUUUUAAAAUGAGAUUGUGACUGGCAAUUGUUUAUAGUGGAACUUUUUAAAUUUAUAUUUGUACUCCUCAAUCAGUUCUUGCUACCAAAACAAUGUUCAGAAUGACUUGUUUUACCUUGGCAGAAUUUUUACCAUUCAAACAAACUCUCAGUUGGCUCCCCAAAGCAGUCUAGUGUUGAAGUUUUUUUGAACAAAUUAAUAAACUCAUUUUAUGUGAAGAUAUUCAAUUUGGUUUUGAAACCAAAGUAGAAAAUGCAAAAUUUAAAAUUCCAUGAAACAUGGGGAAAUUUAGAACACUAAAACCAGUGGAGAGUAAGCAGAAGAUAAUUGAGAAUUAUCCAGCAUAUGAAUAUAAAAAUGUGUUUUAAGUAAUCAGUUCAUGAAAAACAGUAAUGAAUAUUAACAUGAAACAUAUUAAAAAUGUGUAAAUAU